AUGCUCAAGCUCCCUGCUCCAGUUCUCGGGGGCUCAUUCGGGCCAGAAGUGCUCCUAGACGACCACUUCAAAGACAGGAAAUUCUUCAGACAAGGGAGGGGCAAGCCUUCUAAAGCAAAGACGUGCGAGACCAAAAGCACGGCCGGACAUAUCCCCCCUAAUGUCCCUCGACGCCGCCCACCACCGCUAGCCCCGCCGCCGUUAAGAAAGCCACAAAAAGGAAAGCACAAAUGUAAGCCGCUGUUCCAAAAUAGCGCAAUGGUAACGCGGUCUGAUGAUAAGUCAAAAGUUCUGCUAACUGCUGAUUCACGACCAAGUGAUGACGAAAGAGGAAUUUUCGCUUCCGUCCCCAUUGAAAAAUCGGGGCGUUUCGUCAGUCAGGUCGGCGAUUUGAGGUAUCUAUGUACUACAGUACGCGGAUUGUCGGGAGAGGUAGUUUUUUGCAUGCAGCACAUUGACAGUGUGUCAAACUGCAUAGGAGCCCAGAUGCCCUCUCUGACAAUCAAGCAUCUUUGCAUCUUCACACUUGUCCCUCCGUUCUACUCCAACUCGCGUCUUGCAAUCUUACAAAUGUCGUUUUGUCGGACUCGGAUGAACUUUGCUCGUUGGCUGGAGCAGCGAUGUCUCUGUCUACAAGCGCCAUCUCCUACCUCGCGCAAGAAACACGCCUUCAAACGCGACGGUUUGUACCUGUUGACGCAUGUGUUGUGGGUCGGUCUGAGCUUCAUGUGUCACUUUGAUAGAAGUCCGUGCGCCUCAAGUCGAGCUUUAUCUUGCCGCAAUCUUCCUUCCAACAUCUUUCUCAAGACACUUGCUAUCACAACACCCUCCACAUCUGGUAAGUGUUAUGAAGAAGCGUCGCAUCUGUUGAUUGUUGAUUCCUAUAAUUACAUAAUCACUUACAAUCAUAGUAAUUGUGGUUGUGAUUAUUAUACGUGUGAUUAUGUGAUUGUGAUUAAUCAACAAUCAACAGCUAUGACUACGAGCCAGCAGAGUGUUGAAGAUGUCUCUGGCAUGGCUUCGACGACCGAAGCGGCAGAUGAAUCAAGGGCUACACCCUCUAACUCGAACAUUACCAUACCGCCUUCCGCCCCUAACGCGCAAGCGACCGGACUUUUCGACCUCUCAGCCGAACUGCGGAACCAAAUCUACGAAUAUGUCCUCGUCGAUUCAUGGCUACACAGGCCGAUGGUAAUCGCGAGCAGUCUUUCGAACACCUUCCCCUCGCGGUCCAGACGGCGUCAAAUCCAUCACGAGGCAACUGCCAUGUUCUACGGUCGCAAUGCUUUCAUUGUAGCAUGGCAGCACCCCUGUAGCCCGUUCAACGAGUCCACGAUUCGUCAUGUCCGCAUCCUCAGGCUCUUGUCCAGUACCCUCGAUUUCCAGUUCUCACAGCAGCGGAAAGACAGCUUCCGCAAAGGUCUGGCGCAACUGGCAUCGUGGGCAGGUUCUUUGAAAUUCGAGACACUCGAAUUCGAAUUCUCCGACGGCUUUGACAGACUACUUUCCCGCCACUGCAAAUACGAGGUGGUCGCGAAGGAAUUUCUUGGUUUUGUCUCGGCUAUGAUGGAGACACGAGGAAUGGAGGCAAUGCAGGCGGUGCAAAAGGUCGAACUUAUUCCUGGACAUUUCGGGAAAGAGCUUGUGGAGACAGGCCAGGAAGGCGUGGAUAUCAUCGACGAUGCUGUCCGUCACAACCCAAAGCUUCGAGGCCGCCUUUUGGAGCUGCUUAGUAAGAAGCCAGAUCUCGAGGAAUUCUACCGACACAAGACCGCGCCACCAACGGGAAGACACCUCAGGAGCCACUUUUUCUCGCGUCACCGACUUCCUGGCCUCAUUGCGCGACAUCUGCGCCCGGGAUUACUUUGCGGACGAGCUCACUUAUUCAAAAAGCACGGCUAUCCUCCAAAGUUUGCGUUCAUCAUGACUAUUUCCGAGCUCUUUCCCAUCGCCCAUCUUGGAAGAAUACUUCCCUAUCGGAAGGGCAACGGGAACGGUAUCCUUGCCGGUCUGAGAGUGCAUCGCCUCACUUCUAGGAGGAUCUGGACUGUUUUCUUCUGGCCGAAAACCUCGACAUUGCUUUACCACUCGUUUCUGGCGUUCGUCUUCCUUGCCGAUGAGCAGCAGAUGGCAUGGAAAGAUCGUGGAGAAUGGGAAGGUGUAAUUUAG